AUGGACGUGAAAUCAACAAAAGCUUCUCUGGUUCUUGCUGAUUCUGCACCUAUAAACAAGUCCAGACUUGGGAUACAUUCUAGUCUUUUGCCUUGUUCUCAAGCCGGCCCCACAUUUUCAAAUAACAUUCUGGCAAUUUCGAGUAAGAAACCUGGAAAAUUUGAUGAUGUUCGUUCCAAUGGUUGGCUUGACGCAAUGAGAUCAUCGUCACCUCCUAGAGAAAAUAUUCUUAAGAAUUUCACAAGUGUGGAGGUUGCUUCCCAUGAUGGAGAUAUUGCUUAUCGUGCUUGGAUGAUCAAGUAUCCAUCAGCCCUUAAUUCCUUCCGACAAAUAAUGGAAUGUGCAAAGAAUAGGACGAUAGUGGUAUUUUUAGAUUAUGAUGGAACUCUUUCCCCAAUCGUAGAUGAUCCUGAUCGUGCUUUUAUGUCUGCUGAUAUGCGUUUUGCUGUUAAGAGAGUGGCAAAAUAUUUCCCAACAGCCAUCAUCAGUGGAAGAAGCCGUGAUAAGGUCUAUGAGUUGGUAAGACUAAAAGAACUCUACUAUGCUGGUAGUCAUGGCAUGGACAUCAUGUUCCCAGCUGAAGAGAUGGCCUCCGGAGACCGUUCAAUUUGUACAAAAUCUACUGAUCACCAGGGCAAGGAAGUGAAUCUGUUCCAGCCUGCUAGUGAGUUUUUACCAAUGAUCAACGAGGUUUUUAGAACCCUUGUUGAGAUUACUAAAAAUAUAAAGGGUGCCAAAGUAGAGAAUCAUAAAUUCUGCGUCUCUGUGCACUAUCGUAACGUCGAUGAAAAUAGUUGGCCUAUAGUUGCACAGCUUGUUUAUGAUGUCUUAAAAGAGUACCCUCGACUCCGAAUAACUCACGGACGAAAGGUUUUAGAGGUUCGUCCCGUGAUCGACUGGGAUAAAGGAAAAGCAGUUGAAUUUCUGCUUGAAUCCCUAGGAUUUAGUACCAAUCAAGAUGUGCUCCCAAUAUACAUUGGAGAUGACAGAACUGAUGAAGAUGCAUUCAAGGUAUUGCAGUCGGGAAAUCGAGGUUAUGGAAUUCUUGUAUCUGCUGUCCCGAAAGAAACCAAUGCUUUCUUCUCUCUGCGGGAUCCUUCUGAGGUCAAGGAAUUCCUCGAGUCUCUGGUGGAGAAGAGGAUGAAGAGGAUUGUGAUAGGAUUAGAAGGCAAAUUACCGCCGCAAAAGCCCCUUAAUUCAAAUUAUGUUGAUUCUACUUCAGAGGAGAGAAGACCGGAGUUAUUAGAAGGCAAAUUACCGCCGCAAAAGCCCCUUAAUUCAAAUUAUGUUGAUUCUACUUCAGAGGAGAGAAGACCGGAGUUGUACGUUGAGUAA